AUGAGCAGCAAUACAUCCGCAACAGACUGCAAAGUUUGUGCCCGACGCAGGAUUCGCUGUGACCGCACAAGGCCGUCCUGCCUUAAAUGUACGAAACGAAACAUCGAAUGCCCCGGCUACGGCCGGAAUAUCCGAUGGGCAAAUGCGGUAGCGGUGAGGGGCCGUUUCAAAGGGAUGCAAUAUCCGAAGGAACAAUCUCAGAACGACGGGUCUGACAAGUGGACGAAAUCUGCAGCAACGAUAGCCAAAUUGGUCGCGGGGGCGCCAAACACUGGGGAAAUUGAACGUUUGGUCUCUUACUAUUCAAAGGAAAUUGCCGGAAAUAUGAUCUGGGUGGACUCGCCGUCCAACCCUUACAGACGGCUGGUCGUAUCCAAGGCACAGUCGUCGCCGGUGAUACUUCUCGCCAUCAUCGCCGUAUCUGCUGAGCACAGGGGAGUUGGGAGUUUGGAACCGUCGCUCCUUGCAUUCGCUCCUAGGGCAUGCGAUAUCGUCGUUUCAAAACUCACUCAAGAAUUAUCCAAAAUCACAGACAGGUCAGAGAGCUUACAACCACGAGACAUUUUGGAUCUAGAAACUGUAGAAUGGGUUCUCGCCUCAAUGCUCAUCCUCUCCAACUACGAAUGUAUUGGAGACACCUCAACGGCGUGGUGCUCACAUCGGCUCGGCGCACGCCUUCUGGUGAAUGCCUUUUCCGACUCUAGCGCUGAAUCUAGCGAGCUGUUCAGAUUUCUACGUGCUCAGUUUGGCAUUCACGACGUCUUGGCUUCCACAACUACAUGCCUGUAUCUUGGUACAGAUGGCGUGGUGCUUCCAAAGCAGGGAGACCCAGAGGCAUUGCUGGCGGAAUACAUGAGACUUAUUCACCGGCUCACAGUCCUUGUAACAAAUAAGACGACGCAGGAUAUACCGCCUCCAGCAGUUCUACGGAUCGAGUUCGAAAAUACCCGUGGCCUGACGCUUAUGAAUGCGGCAUCCUCAGCUGCUCUUGCAGGCGAGUCCGCUCGAGUGAGUUUCAUUCAGCUGGUUGACGUUCAUCAUCUUGCAGCGCUGCUCUAUGCGUAUCGGUGUAUAUAUGACUUCACAUCCCAGGACGUUGAGGUUACACUCAUAAUGCAACAACUAUUUGAGAAGCUUCAACACUGUGCAUCCAACGAUGCGCUGAUUCAGCACUUGACCUGGCCGGUGUUCGUUGCCGGAACUGAGUGCUACGACUACGACGAAAAGCAGGAUUUGGUAUUAAAGUGGUAUGGUGAGAUAAUCAGCAAGACCGGGUUUAAGAACUACGAAGUUGUGGUGUCGUUUCUGAGGCAAUUGUGGGAAGAAAAGCCGGAGAGCUGGUUGGAAAUGGCUAAAACUUGGGAACGAGACGGCAAGCCUUUGUUAGCGGUAUAA